CGUCGGCGUCUCAGUGGGAAAUUUGCGCAUUGACCGUGGUGACGAACGUCUGUGUAAACGAAAAGUAAUCUCUCCACUUGACUUUGUUUGAAGCUAGAUCUCUGAAGUAAGAUGGCGCGUACGAAGCAAACAGCCCGCAAGUCGACUGGAGGUAAAGCUCCCCGCAAGCAGCUGGCUACCAAGGCCGCCCGCAAGAGCGCGCCGGCAACCGGUGGCGUGAAGAAGCCGCAUCGCUAUCGCCCGGGAACUGUGGCACUGCGUGAGAUCCGCCGUUAUCAGAAGUCGACUGAGCUGCUGAUCCGCAAGCUGCCGUUCCAGCGUCUGGUGCGUGAGAUCGCUCAGGAUUUCAAGACUGAUCUCCGCUUCCAGAGCUCGGCUGUGAUGGCGCUGCAGGAGGCCAGCGAGGCGUACCUGGUCGGCCUGUUUGAGGACACCAAUCUCUGCGCAAUCCAUGCCAAGCGAGUGACUAUCAUGCCCAAGGACAUCCAGCUUGCCCGUCGCAUCCGUGGCGAGCGCGCUUAAGCCAUCUUCGAGACAGUUCAUUCUCCAAAACGGCCCUUUUCAGGGCCACCAAUCGAUUUUACAAAGAUCAUUCUGUUUU